CGAAACCUCUGUACGACGCUUUUAUUGCCGAACCGGAACCCAGUGCCUUGCCGCCUCGCGAAAUCCGUUCUUUUCGUAUCGGGCCGAAGUAAAGUGGUUGCAUAUCGUCGGGACGUUUAGUAUUUGUGUGGUGUUUUGCGAUGGAAUCUGUGAAACGAGCCAACCAGCGGCUUCGCAGUUAUCCGCUGUUGAUGGCCAAGUGCUCAGUUGCUGCAGCGGCUUACGCUACGUGCGUAACAACCGAUCUUAAUGUAGCGCAUCGCUCUUGCGAUAAAGAGUUCGGCAACUUCAAAGAGUGCAUGCGGAAAGCCGCUAUCGAAAUGAAAACAAAACUGUAG